CGUACAGUGGUAAGACUCCUAGUCCUAUAUAUCCUCUCUCUGAUUCGUAUCCAUAAAAACACCUGCCUGCCAUUGAAGAUCCACAUCAAGACCCAACAGCAAAACUGUUUUCUUUUUUUCCCCAAUGCAGUCUCACACCAAUUUAUCACACGCUUAUUCCCAAAGUUUUCUUCUGCAUAACGGCUUCAAGUCCCCCGCGGAGCUCCCAAUCUCCAACCUAGAGUGUAUUAGGAUGCAGUGCUCUAUGGAGUAUACCAGCCUGAAGGACCUGCUGCCGGAGAGAAGGACCUACUCGAGCUGGUACAGCGAGAUCCCGAUCAAGAACCCGCUGGUCAAGCACGCCGCUCUUGCUUAUCUCCAGCCCAUGUCGACGCCUAUGCGCGAGAAGGGCUUGUUCAGGAGGCUCAGGGAGCAAUGUUGCUCGUGCCAGAGCGGGUGCUUUGGGGUGUUUACUUGGCUUUGCGACGCCGUUUCGAGUAUUAAGCUUACGUCUCGGGUGGAAGUAUCAGGGGUUGAAUACAAUGCCGAGGAUGAAGAUCAUCAGCAAGACGAGAAACAUCAAAUGAGCUGAGAGAGA